CUUUCACAGUUCAUUGUAGUUUUUGUUAAUAAAUAUUCCUUUUUCUGCACUUUAACCCUUGCAUGGUCUCACGCAAAAUAAUGCAGAAUCAAACAAAUUUACACAAAAAUGUCAAAAUUUACACAAAUAGAAAACUCUAAAUCAUCUAUUUAGACAAUUUAUCAGCAAAAUAAAUGGUUAGUUAAACUCAAAUUUUUCAAUGUAUCGUUACUGAAUUUCUUUGCAUGAUUUAUAGAUUUUGGUGUGGACUACGUCCAUCUUUAAUUCAAAGUCUAAACUUACAGUUUUUAGACAAGGGAGUUUUGUUUGAUCUUAAACUAGAUCAGAUCUAGAAGUGCAUCCUUAGUGUUUUCAUUAAGUCAUCAAGAGGUGGAAAAUGUAUGGACCAGCACAACUGCAGCUCCAAUUUGUCUUUGCGUGUGUGUUAAUACAGUAUCACAGCCUAGGUUAAUACAAAACAGUAACGCCCUGUUUUGUAUCACUGUGGAAUAGUGAGAAACGUCAUUUUGAUUCCCUUGUAUGUCUGGACAUGUAAGAGGAAUUGAUAAUAAAGCUGAUUGAAUUGAAUUGAAUAGAGGAUAAAUACGACUGUCCAUCUCUCACUUCUUCCUGUGAAUGUCAUUACUUGUUCUCUAGGCAGAGUCUCCCCGCAAAAACAGAAGGUGCAAUUCCUGUUUCUUCAUCUCAGAGCCAGGGUCUCAGACAUCACACUCAGCUGCAAAACCAGAAGCUCUGACCGCAAGUUUCUCAGAAUUGUUUCCGUUUUGUUGCUACAGACCUGAACACAUUUUUACCAAUUACUGUGGCUUCUAGAUAAUGGUGCAUGUUAGCCCAACUCAACACACUGUUGUGAUUAUCGGUUGUGAUUAUUGGUAAUGGUUAAGGUAUUUGUAAAGGUUUUUAGUAUUUUAAUUAAAUUUCUCAGUGUCAGUUAUCAUUAUGAAUUUUUCUCUGAAACAAUUCUUAUUAUUUAUUUUUCCAUUUUCUUCUCCGAAGAGUUUUUGCGGCGCUAGUGGCUCGUACUUUUUGCGACAGUAGGCAGACAGGAAAGAGAGCGAGGAGAGGGAGGAAGACAUUCUUAAGGUAACAUAAGAUGCUAAGUUAUAACUGCGCUGCAUGUUGCUUCUACUUACAGAACAGUCAUCAGCCAAAAAAUUACCGUAGGCGUGGAUGUUUAUGGAGGACUGCACUAUCAUUAACAUUCAUGAAAUGCAUUGACAUGUGUUCUUUUGACAGAGUUUACUGUAGCCCAACGUGACACCAAACAUAGACAUACUGUAUUUACAUAACAUUAAACAGAAGUGAAGUUAGCUUUCAGUUGUAGCUUCCAAUUCGGGAAACAGAAAAACAGGAUAUCCCAUCUCGUUCUUCACUACCUUGGGCAUCUUUAAUUUGCUCUAGUUUAAGUCAUUAGACUCUUCAAACAUGUACUGUCUGAUAUACACUAAAUGUAGAAUACCUAAAACCUUGCUUGUGAUUUUGAAACCUUUAUCUGAUUUGUGAGAGUUCAUGAAAGGACCAUGUUAGUGACUUCUGAAUUUCUCAACAUUUUUCAGAGUUUGCUGACAUGAGCAUUGUUAAAUUCUCCAACAUUAGUGGAAAUUCUUAAUUAAUAGAAACAUAGGCUACCACUUCCGAUUUCCCCAUGGAGAUUAAGAGAGAGGGAUGGAGAGAAAAAGAAAAAAGAAGAAAGAAAGAAACUUUUAUCAAACCCCUUUAUAAGAGUUUUUAACUGGUAAAAUUAAAUAUAUGGUCUUUACUGCUCAACAUUUACAAAUAACCACACAUUCCUAACAAAGUAAAAGGAUCCCUGAAAAAGUGUCAAUGAAAACACAAGAAACAGUUUCCUGAGAAAUUUACAUCCUAAAAACAGUGGUUAUAAAGCUUUCACAUUGGAGACCAAACCACUCUCACAGACUACACUGAAGUCUAUUGAUGAAGUUAAUGAUGAUACAACAUUAACUUUAUUGUAAGACCAAAUCAAUGCUAAUGCUUGCUCAUCCUCACAGCCUAACUGUAUGCUUCCCGUUAUUAUUUAGCUUGUUUCCAGAGAAAAAUGUAAUGCUCACAUACACACACAGGGCAGACACAUACCCACUUAAUGCAAGUAAAACUAAUGCUGCAGAGUGCUGCAGAAAACAAAGUCCCUCCCCUUGAUGUUAUGACUCGUUUAUACAGAGUAGUCAGUGAAUAGGAGGGAGUGAGAGAGUAGUGAAGAGUGGUGAUGUACCAGCUCUGGGUUUGAUGCAGAAGAUUGAACAGUUAGUGUCCCUCCAUGGGCUCUAAAUGUGGCAAGACAAAAGUUACACCUGUCUCAGCUGAACUACAUGUCUACUGGAAGAUGUUUUUGCUGAAGGAGAACACAAAAAGGAGAAAAGGGACUAAUUCACAUUUUAUUGCAAUCUGAGCAAAGAUAAGUUAGACAUUGUACGAUAAAAAAAGAUGACCUCUCCAGGUGUCAAGCCAAGGGAGCAUGUGGAUGUGGCAUACAUCUCCAUUGAGAUAGCCAUUUCUGUGGCCUCUGUCCUAGGGAAUGUAUUAAUUGUGCUUGUGGUGUAUGUGAACCAGACUCUCCGUGACACCACCUUUAGCUUUAUUGCAUCUCUGGCUGUGGCUGAUAUCGCUGUUGGAAGUUUGGUCAUCCCUCUGGCCAUUGUCAUCAGUCUGGGAUUCAGGACGCAGUUCUACACCUGCCUCAUCCUCUCCAGCCUGGUGCUGAUCAUAACUCAGAGCUCCAUUCUGUCCCUCCUGGCCAUAGCUGUCGACCGAUAUCUGCGCAUAAAAAUUCCCACAAGGUACGGCGACAUAGUGACCCAGGGGAGGGCGUACAUGGCAGUUUCUAUGUGUUGGAUCCUCUCCAUCCUCAGUGGAUUGGUUCCAUUGGUUGGCUGGAACAACCUGCACCACGGGAACUUCAGUAACUCCAAAGAGAUAGUUUGUGAGUUUAAAACUGUUAUUCGGAUGGACUACAUGGUGUACUUUAAUUUCUUUGUCUGUGUGGUGGUGCCACUGGUCUUGAUGAUCAUUCUGUAUGGGGAGAUCUUCAGAGUGAUCCGGCAGCAGCUCAACCGCCGUGCUGAGGCCACUUGUGAUGGAGAAAAGUACUACCGAAAGGAGCUGAGGCUGGCCAAGUCGCUGGUCUUGGUGGUUGUUCUUUUUGUAAUGUGCUGGAUGCCAAUACAUAUCAUGAAUUGCAUCGACUUUUUUUGCUCAGACUAUGACAUACCCAAGUUUGCUGUGUAUAUAGGAAUUUUUAUGUCUCAUGUAAACUCAGCACUUAACCCGAUGGUUUAUGCAUUCAGAAUGAAACGGUUCCGUCUUACUCUGAUCCAAAUAAUUCGCCGCUGCAUGUUAUGUAACUCAAUGGUGUCCACUCGAUGCCCUUCUACCGCAAUAGAAGGGAGUGAAAAUAUGACUGUGAACCUAUAGCAUAUAUUGAAGAACUUUAUUUGGCAACACUUUAUUUGACAGGUUGUGAAUAAGUCUGUCAUGACACCGUCAUAAACAUGACAU